AUGGACCUACAGACACAACUGGAGAACACAACUGAGAGGAACUGGUGCAAAGAGAAAAUGGAACUACUGGAGCGUUUUGACAAUGAAAGGAAGGAGUGGGAAUGUCAAUGGAAGGUCAUGCAGAAGAAAAUAGAAGAGCUUUACCAGGAGGUAAAAUUAAGGCGUGAGAGCAAUAUGAAUGCCUUUGAUAAUAAGGCCAUUCACAGCAAGGCACAGCAGAGUUCUGCACAUUCCCCUACUUCAGAAUGGAGUGACAUACCAGGCGUGAACUGUCGUUCACCAGACAAGGAGAGUUUGCUCACCAAGACAGAAAAGGAAAGCAAGGACACAAGAAACAAGAGGAGAAAUCAUGCUUUGGUGAAGGAUAAUCUGGCCUUUGAGAAUCACAAAGAAGACUGCCCUGGCAUGAAAACAACCAAGAAUUACACUCAGGAUCUUAAUAUUAACAAGUAUUAUGUUGUUUGUGCAAUGUACAUUUUUCAAGAACCUGAUUAUAUUAAAAUAAUGCAAUUUACAUUUGUGAAGGCCCUUAAAGAACUUGCUAAAGUAAGUGAAGACUUGUGCAGCUACCAAGAGGAAAUUCGUAAGAAGUCCAACCACAGAAGAAAGAAGUUGCUUCCUGUCCUGGGAGAAUCUGUAGAAACUGAAAACACACUGAUUACACCAGAGAAGAAGCAUGUGUGCAACAAUGACCCACACAUGGCCUCAAUUGCUUUUGAAACGGAAGAACAAAAUAACAGGAAGAACUUGAUGGGCACCAACACAUGUCUGAAGGAGAUGCCAUCUAGUGCUCCUGCGAGGGUUGAGAACACAGACUUUUUGCUUUGGCAAAAAAAAGAGGCCCCUCCUGUUCCUCCGAGAAGCACUUCUCGACACCUGACAAGCUCUCUCUCUGCAGUUGCACAGGUUUCUGAGGCAUUGGCAAAAGACACAGGGCAUAGAAGUAAUUGUAAAACCCAGGAAUGUCAGCAGGGAAAUACAUUUAUUAAUGCAUCUUUUGCCAAGCGGUGUGAUUCUCCUUUGCCACUGGCAAAUGAAUGGAAAACUGUUAGUGGGCCUGCUGUGGCUACUGCAGUGUCCAUAGAGAAAACAGGCCCAUCCCUUGAAUGCAAGCUGCCAGCAGAGUUUUGUCACAACACAUGGUCCUGUGAUGCAACCAUGGUUGGGAAUGGUACUGGGAAUGUCUCUUUCCCACACGCUGUACAGAAGAGCUGUUCUGAUGGAAAUAUGGUGCCCCAGAAACAAUAUCCUAAAUUGCAAAGUGAUGUGUAUCACAGCAGUGACUUUUGCACUCCUGUGUGCGAUACUUUGGGUGAUUCUGGAUAUGGAACUGGAAAGACUCAAAAAAACGAAACACUGGAAGCAAAAAUUGAUGAAUUUAACCGAACUGUGUUUCACACAGAUAGAGGCAAAGAGUGUCUGCAGCAGAACCAAGUGCCAGCUAGAGAUCCUAAAACCCACUGCAUUCUACAGGACUGUAAGAGUAACAGAACACAAAAGGAAGAUGUGAUGUGUCCCAGAAUCUUUCCAAGAAAGGAUGAGAAAUUGUGCAAACCCAGCAAAAAUGUCAAAGCGACAGGGCAGCAAAAGCAAAUCAAUGGACUUCUAGGGGGCUACCGGCAUAUGCUGCAUGAGCAUGACUGGAGGCCAAGUAAUUUGUCUGGUCGCCCACGAUCAGCUGACUCAAGGUCAAACUAUGGUGUUGUUGAGAAGCUUCUGAAGAACUAUGAAAAAUCAACCUCUCCAUGUAACUCAAAGUUCCAUAACGAGAAGUGGGAGCAGUCAGAUUCUGCAGUUGCUGCCGAUGGCAGCUGUGAGACAUUUGGUCAUUACUUUGAAAUGCUCCAGACAGACCAGAGAAAGCUGGAGCACCAGAAGAAUUCGACAACCAGGCACGUUGGAUUUUACCCCAAGCAAGGCAAAGAGAAACAAAAAUUUCCUGAGGUAUGA